GUGUGCGCAGCGGCCGCCUCUCUUCCACUCCCCGCGGUUAGGACGACGCACGGCGACUUAGUUUUGCCCCGGAACCCGCACAUCUUCCCGGACACAGAGACCCAGAGGCUUCCGGAGGCGAUGAGGACGAUCCGAGCCGUGAUCGGAGGGCAGCCUCAGCCCCGGAGCCCCGGGUGGAAGCCGCAGCUGUGACCGCGGAGCUCCUCAUUGUGUCCCGACGGAGUGGCGCAGAGAGAAAAGGAUGCAUCCGCGGCCGCAGACUCUCUUCCAGUUCCUGUCGAAAAAAGAGAUUAUUCCCCGACACGUCGCGGCUAUUCUGGCCUCGGUGGCGGAGGGUUUCCUGUUGAGGAGCGCGCUGAUUUCUGAGGGACUCCGUCCUCCAUGCUGGCCGCUCAGGAUCCAUGAAAACUCUCCAUGAAAACAAGGAGCAGCAGGAGGAGGAGGAGGAAGGGGGGUCCGGCUGCAGCGCCAUGGAGGACAAGGAGAACAAUCUGAAAACAGCCAGGUUGUGGAGGGAUGCCGCCCUGCGCUCCAGGAAGCUGCGGAGCAACCUGCGUCAGCUCACCCUCUGCUCCAAGAACAACCAGAUCCAACUACCAGAGGAUAUAGCCGAGAUAGAGGUUCUGAAUCUGGGCAACAACUCGCUCCAGGAGCUGCCUGAGGGGCUGGGAACCACUCUCAACAACCUGCGCAUCCUGGUCCUCCGCAGGAACAAGUUCACCUCCGUACCCCGGGUAGUGUUUGAGCUGGUGCAGCUGGUGGAGCUCGACAUGAGCCACAACUGUCUGAGGAGCCUGUCUGAGGGGGUGGUUCAGCUGAGGGGUCUGAAGAAGCUCUGCAUCAGCCACAACAAAAUCCAGGCGCUGCCGGCUCAAAUCGGGGUCCUUCAGUCUCUGGAAGAACUCGACAUCAGCUUCAACGACCUGCACGACUUGCCCACAUCAUUCUCCGGCCUCGCCAAGCUGCGCACUCUGGAUGCAGACCACAACAAGCUCAACCAGUUCCCCCCUGAGAUCCUGGCCCUGGGUGAGUUGGAGGAGCUUGACUGCUCGGGGAACAAGUUUGAAGUGUUACCAGCAGACACCAUGAAGCUGCAGUCCAUCAAAAUCCUGUGGCUCAGCAGUCUCCACAUGUCCUCCCUACCAGACUCAUUCUGCCGCCUGCACAACCUGGAGAGUCUUAUGCUGGAUGGGAACAACCUUACUGCCCUGCCUGCUUCCUUCGGUCGUCUACAGAGACUCAAAAUGAUCAAUUUGUCCUCCAACGAGUUUGAGAACUUUCCUCAGGUGAUUUUAAGCAUCACAGGGUUAGAGGAGUUGUACCUGAGCAGGAAUAAACUGACCCAUAUCCCAGAGGAAAUUGGGCAGCUGCUGAAGCUGGUGAACCUUUGGCUGGACAAUAACAACAUCACAUAUCUGCCCGACUCUAUUGUGGAGCUGGAGAAGUUGGAGGAGCUUGUUUUACAGGGUAACCAAAUAGCCAUUCUCCCAGAUGAUUUUGGGAAGCUGUCCAAAGUGAACAUUUGGAAGGUGAAGGAUAACCCUCUCAUCCAGCCCCCGUACGAGGUGUGCAUGAAGGGGAUCCCGUACAUUGCUGUCUAUCAGAAGGAACUUGCACAUUCACAGCUCGCUGUGAAGCCACGACUGAAGCUGGUUCUGAUGGGGAUGAAGAACUCUGGGAAAACCCGACUGAGGCAGAGCGUGGUGAACUCACAGCAGGACGUCACAGGAGCCCAGGGAAACAAAGGCAUCGAAGUCACUAACUGGGUGGCAGACGCCGGUCGCCACCUCACGUUUCUAGUGUACGAUCUGUCAGGGAAGCAAAACUACGACCUCAUCAAACCUUUUUUUCUCUCCCCUGGUGCUCUCUACAUCCUCGUCAUCAACCUCAAAACAUAUUCGCCCAAGAACUUCUACGCCCACGUGGGCUAUUUCCUCCAUCUUCUCUGUGCCAAAGUACCCCACGCCGUAGUGUGCUUGGUGGGCACACAUGCAGACCUGUGUGGAGAGGUGGAGGUGGAGGAGAAGAGUCUGGACAUUCACAGACAGAUUGGCCUACAGGAAGCGAGGGACACCCAGAGUCUGAAGAGCCUGGUUCAGCAGGUGGAUCAGGCUCUGGAGCAGGGCUACAACGUCCGCACCUCCAGCCCUCAUGUCCUCUUCUACGGCGUCUCUGACCGGAACCUCAGGCGCAAGAAAGCCCAGCUACAGUACAUGUUGAACCACAGGCUGCAGAUCUUGUCUCCUGUCCUGAGCGUCAGCUGCACGGAGACUCAGAGGAACAUCCAGAGGCUGAGAGAGAAGCUCAUGUCCGUGGCAGACCACAGGGAGAUCUUCCCCAACCUCCAUCGUAUCCUGCCAAAGUCCUGGCAGAUGCUGGAGGAGUUGCACUUUAAGCCCAAAGAUCUGUGGCUCUCGUGGUGGGACUCGGCCCGUCUGGGCCUCCAGGCGGGGCUCACGGAGGACCGGCUGCAGAGCGCCUUAUCCUACCUGCACGAGAGCGGGAAGCUGCUGUACUUUGAGGACAGCCUCACCCUGAAGGAGUAUGUUUUUCACAAUCUUCCACGGUUCAUUGCAAUUCUUAACGUCUUCUUCCAGAGGGACGAGUCCACACUGCUGGACCGGCUCCUCUCUGAGGGGGAGCGGGGGGACAAGGGGAGGGUGAGUUUGGUGAUAGAGGAUGAGAAGGGAGAGAACCUCAGGGUCACCCACCUGCAGCACCACGUGGAGGGCUUCCUCCAGCACGGCCUCCUGCCCUCCAACGUCAUCCGUCUGCUCCUCAGGCCGCUCAUCCAGACCCAGCAGGACCUCCACCUCAUCAUGGAGCUCCUGGAGAAAAUGGGGAUCUGCUACUGCAUCAACAAGCCCCGCAGCAAGCCUCUGAACGGAGCCACAGUGUGGUACAAGUUCCCCAGCUACGUCAGCAGUGAGGAGGCUGGGGCGGAGGCCGGGGCUGAGGCUUCGGCCGGUGGGAGCUCUGUGCCGCUGUGUCACUUCUUCUCUGUAGAGCAGCUGCACAUCCAGUACAGCUUCCCCUUCUUGUUUCCUCCCGGACUGUUUGCACGCUUCAGUGUGCAGAUCAACAGCCACGUAGUCCAGCGCUCGGACGGCCGGCGCCAGAUUGUCGCCUAUCGAGGUAAAGUCCCUGUUGUGAUCAGCCACCAUCCCUCCAAGGGGAGACUGCAGGACGAGACUCUGUCCAUCGCCAGCCAUGCAUCACUGCCCAACAUCUGGACGGCGUGGCAAGCCGUCACUCCGCUGGUGGAGGAGCUCAACAUGCUGCUGCAGGAGUGGCCCGGCCUGCACUACUCUGUACAUAUUCUCUGUUCCAAGUGCCUGAAGAGAGGGUCGUCCAACCCCCACGCCUUCCCAGGUGAGCUGCUGAGCCAGCCUCGGCCUGAAGGUCUGACUGAGAUCAUCUGUCCAAAGAAUGGUUCUGAGCGGGUCAACGUGGCUCUGGUUUACCCACCUACGCCCACCGCCCUCAGCCCUGGGCUCAAAUAACUCACCCCCUCCCACCCUCACCCUCACCCCUCCAGCCUCCUCCUCCCUCAUCGGCCUGGACUCUGGAUCUCUGCCUCACCCGUCCUUCACUCAUCGGGUUCUAAAGAGCACAACGUGGACCAGACGCCUCCCCCACCCCCCCAGACGCCUCCCCCGCCCCCCCAGACGCCUCCCCCCUCCUUCGCCUGCCCGGAUGCUGACUCUGUCUCCAGCUCGUCCUCCUUGGGCCUGAACGAUUUGACUCACGGAUCAGUUUUUGGGGACGAUCCAGGACCCCCCUUCCUCUCUGCUGGGUUUUCUAUCUUUUAGCUCACUGAUUUUUAUCUGAUGCUAAUAGCAUCAAAUCUGAGAGAUUCCAGCUCAGCCUUAAACCAGAAGGCCACGCCCACGUCCCUGUUUCUCUGUUUUAAAUCCAGACUUUAUCAGAACCGUUCAGACAGGAACCAAAUGAUAGGAUCAGGAUCCGUGUUCUGUAAGGGACCGUUCAGACCUGGUUAGUUUAAAUCCACAUCUGGUCUCAGUCUGGUGUCAGACCUGAACCCUGGAACCUUCUUCCAUCCUCAGAGAGAAGAAACAUCUCAGGUGAGAAGGAGAUACAGAAAUAAUAAAUAGUGAAUCAUCAUCCUCCUCGUUGAUCCUGGUUCAGAUUAGGUUCUGGUUUAGUUUGGUUUCAGCUCCAGGUCCAGAAUCUGUUAAAAGUCUCGUUAUCAGGAUGUGACGAUGCUCGAUAUGAAGAAUGAUACCGGAUUAACCAGACGAUUUUCUCAUGGUUUUAACAUUUUAACAGAAUGAGUUUCCUUUAAUUAUCCGUCAGACAAAAAACACAUUUCUGAGUCAGGAUUCAAAACACAAACUAUGAAUGAAUAUAUAAAAACUACAAAUGAUAUUUUCUUUUUAACAAAUUAAAGAGAAUCUCUUUUCAUUCCUCCGACACAAACAUCUUCUUCUUAAAAGAAAUUUUAUCUUAACAUCAAGAAAAUAAAUGAAAAACUGGAUCUUUAAAACAAAUCCCAGGUUAAAAUAAAUAAUUCUGAUAAACAGACUGAGGCUGCAUGUGAUCCUGGUCUGGGAUUUACAGGAAGACCAGCUGAUCCGGUCCGGUCUGAAAACUGAAAUACGCCCCCUGCUGUUUAAAAAGAGCGUCCAGGUUCAUUCCCGUGUCAGCUGAUCAGAAUCGCUCUCACGCUGGUAUCGGCACAUCCCUGCUCAUAUUCAGGGCAUCGUUUCUACCAGGUGGGUCUUUACUGGACCCGGACUCACUGCGGGUUCACACCUGGACUCUGAUCUGGACUCUACAGACCAGAUGGGUCCAGUAACCAGGUCUGAACAGAACCUCAGAGCUGGUGGAGGUGGAGGAGCCGCAGUAAAACAUUAAAGUGUUAAACGUCUCUCGUCUUUCUUGUAUAAAUCUUGUUGUGUCUGAGAUAAUCAAAGGUUUCACUUCCUGUCACCAACAAUCCAACGAAGCCACGACGUGUCAGGAAGCAGUGACCCACCGAACGGAUGGAGCACUGACGUCUUGAUGCUGGAGCUCAGUGGGACGUGUACAGAUAUUUAUCUCCACUGCCUCCUGUUUCACCGCCUGUUGUUCUUCUCUGUAAAUAAUAUCUUUAUUUUUGUAUCACACUCGAGCUUCGACUUUGUUUUACGGUGCAAUGUGGUGCGUGACCCUGUGAGGGCGUCGACGCGGCGUUUUCUAUCCACGUCUCACAGAGCGACAUGGACGAGCAAAUAAACCAGGAGUCGGA